AUGAAAAUGGUGCUGUCACAAAGACAACGUGAAGAAUUAAAUAAAGCAAUUGCCGAUUAUCUUAGUAGCAAUAGUUAUCACAAUGCCUUGGAAGGAUUAAAAAAAGAUGCAGAUAUGCCUGGCGAAGUAGAAAAUAAAUAUGGUGGCUUACUUGAGAAAAAAUGGACAUCUGUAAUUAGACUGCAAAAAAAGGUAAGCGAACUUGAAUCCAAACUUUCUGAGUAUGAAAAAGAAAUAAAUUCUGGAGCUCCAAAAAGAGCAUUACGAUCUCCAAGUGAUUGGAUACCAAGAGCCCCUGAAACACACUGUUUAACUGGUCACAGAGAGACUGUCAUCAAAGUUAUAUUUCAUCCUGUUUUUAAUAUUCUUGUAUCUGCAAGUGAAGACGCAACUAUAAAAAGUUGGGAUUAUGAGACUGGCGAGUAUGAGAGAACUUUAAAAGGUCAUACAGAAGCUAUUCAAGAUAUCGCAUUUGAUGAAAGUGGCAAACUAUUAGUUUCCUGUAGUGCUGAUAUGAGCAUAAAGCUGUGGGAUUUUAGUCAAACAUAUGAAUGCAUCCGUUCCAUGCACGGUCAUGAACAUAGUGUAUCUGGAGUAUGUUUUCUUAAAGGAGGAGAUUUCAUAGUUUCUUCUUCAAGGGAUAAAACAAUUAAAAUGUGGGACGUAAAUACGGGAUACUGUGUUAAAACAUUUACUGGUCAUCGUGAAUGGGUCAGAAAAAUCAAAGUUUCCCCAUGUGGUCAAUUUUUAGCCUCAUGUUCUAACGACCAUACUGUAAAAGUUUGGAUAAUUGCUGCAACCCAGUGUAAAGCUGAUUUACGAGGACAUGAACAUGUAGUCGAAUGUAUAGCUUGGGCACCAGUUGCAUCGUCAUCAGCUAUUAAUGAAGGAGCUGGAGUAGAUCAGAAAAAAAAUGGUUAUGAAGGUCCAUUUAUAAUAUCGGGAUCAAGAGAUAAAUCAAUUAAGAUGUGGGAUGUCGCAUCACGUUCAUGUUUAUUUACUAUGAUUGGACAUGAUAAUUGGGUACGUGGUUUAGUUUUUCAUCCUGGUGGUAAAUAUGUUAUAUCAGCAAGCGAUGAUAAAACACUUCGAAUUUGGGAUUUGGCAAAUAAACGUAAUAUGAAAACACUAUUGGCUCAUGGACAUUUUUGUACUACAGUUGAUUUCCAUAGAUCACAGCCAUUUGUAAUAACAGGUAGUGUAGAUAAGACUAUAAAAGUUUGGGACUGCCGUUAA